AUGACUUCCACUGCUCCUCUACCUCCCCCGCUGCACCGCCUUGACGACCAACCUGACAAUUUAAUCGCUUCUUCCGACGUGAACUGGCUUUUGAACGGAGCCAUGGACCAGGAAGACGCCAAAAUGCCACCUCAACCAGAGACCAAUCUGGAGACCACCGCGACAAACGGCCAUACGAUCAUCCCACCGCUCCAGCCCGAAAGUAAACCUGUGAAAGACAACAAAGCGGUUCCUUGGUACCAUACCUCACUCGCAGAGAUUGACCCCGUAACCCGCGACCUCCUGGAAAAUUACAGCAAGAUCCCCUCGGAUCAAGUGAAGCCGCACGUAUUCGCAAUCGUACGUUUCCCUUCCUCUCCCACUCUCCAUCCGCCAAACCCCAUCCAUCUUUGCCCACCACCACCACCACCGCUAACGCCCGUUCUUUCCCCCUCCCUCCAGCGCGAAAAGGCCUGGGACGUCUACCCCUACCCCUGCAUCGGGCAGUUCCUCUUCCUGAACCUCACCAUCAACCUCUCGCCCUACUACCCGACCCUCGUCGCCCGCCUCCGCGACCCGGCCCACACCCUCCUGGACCUGGGCUGCUGCUUCGCGCAGGACGUGCGCAAGCUCGUCGCCGACGGCGCCCGGGGCGAGAACCUCUACGGCGCGGACCUGCACGGCGAGUUCCUCGAGCUGGGCUACGCCCUCUUCCGCGACCGCCGCACCCUGCGCGCCACCUUCUUCCCGGCCGACGUCCUCGACCCGCGCGACCUGCCCCUGCGCGGCCUCGACGGCGAAAUGGACGUCGUCUACCUCGGCCUCUUCCUCCACCACUUCGACUUCGCCACCUGCGUCCGCGUCUGCGUCCGCGUCGUCCGCUUGCUCCGGCCCCGCGCUGGCAGCCUCGUCAUGGGCGUUCAGGUCGGCGCCCUCGUCGCCGACGAGGUGCCCAUCCCUAUCCCCAGCGGCGGCGUCCUCUUCCGCCACGACCUCGCCAGCUUCGCCCGUUUGUGGGAGGAGGUGGGGAGGGUCACGGGGACGGAGUGGCGCGUCGAGGCGAGGUUGGAGCGCGCGAAGGGGUUCGGGGAGAAGUGGCAGAUUGAGGGGACGAGGCGGUUGGGGUUUGAGGUUUGGAGGCUUUGA